AUGUCUGUGUCUGUGAUCAUUAAAUGGGGUGGGCAGGAGUACUCCAUCAGUGCACUCUCUGAAGAGGACACAGUGCUGGACCUCAAGCAGUCUAUCAAGUCCCUGACAGGGGUUCUUCCUGAGAGACAGAAACUCCUAGGACUAAAAGUCAAAGGUAAGACCUAGCUGAUGGACUCAAACGUCUCUCAUCAUUUGCUGUGAUAGCCGUCGAUAACAGGCUGCUAUUUAGCCGUAAAGCAUGGCGAUACCUUAUUCAUUCUCGGCUUGGAAGACACCGGUGUCUUCUAAACUCCCAUCGCUAGUUGCAGGUGGAACGUUUGAAUGUAGAAAAUGCCACCAUUGUGGACUUCUGCCUUUGUCUGAGUUGUCUUGACAGCUGAGUCAUUAUGUGUUAAUGGUUCUCUCUCUUUCCCAGGUAAACCAGCAGAGGAUGAAGUGAAGCUGGGCUCACUCAAGCUGAAGCCCAAUACCAAGAUCAUGAUGAUGGGCAGCAGAGAGGAGAGUCUGGUGGGUUCCUCUUCCUUCCACUCCAGAAGUUUACCAGAAGCAAUGUCAUAUAUUUAGCAUGUCAAAGACCUAGGCCUCAUAACACUCAAUCGCUUUGUUUUGUUUUGUGAAGGAAGACGUUUUAGCACCUCCCCCAGAGAACGAUGACGUUGUCAAUGACUUUGACAUUGAAGAAGAGGUGAUUGAAGUAGAAAACAGGUAUAGUAGGACUUUGCAGAGACAACUCAUGUAGCUUCAGUAAUACAACAUUUUACAUUUUAGUCAUUUAGCGGACGCUCUUAUCCAGAGCGACUUACAGUUAGUGAGUGCAUACAUUUUUCAUACCGGCCCCCCGUGGGAAUCGAACCCACAACCCUGGCGUUGCAAGCGCCAUGCUCUACCAACUGAGUUACAGGAGGCCAAAACAAGUAAUUGAUUCGGCUCCAAUUUUGCUUGACACUAUGGUACUUUUUCUAAGGUGUCUCAUAGUCAGUUCAAUGUCUUAUUUUAACUUUAUGCCAUGCGCUUUGCUGCUUUAGAGAGGAGAAUUUGGCCAAGAUAGCCCGCCGUGUCAAAGACUACAAAGUGGAGGAGAUGAAUCCACCCAGGGAAGGAAAGAGGCUGCUAGUACUAGAUGUGGACUACACAUUGUUUGGUAAGUAGGAAGACCAUCAAAACUGCCCAGGGCACUGCUGUUUCGGCUGGUCAAAUGCAUAAUUACACCAUUUCAAAAUGUGAAACAUUUUAGAUUUUGUUUAAGAAUUUGGAUUAUUAUUGAAAGAUUUUAUAUCCUUGUAGUGCUGUUCUUCAAACUUUUGAGCGUUUUCCUCUGUGAUUUGUUUAAUUCCAGAUCACAAGUCAUGUGCAGAGACGGGACAAGAGCUCAUGAGGCCUUUUCUACACGAGUUCUUGACCUCUGCGUACGAAGACUAUGACAUUGUCAUUUGGUGUAAGUACCAAACUCCUUGUUUUGAUUUUGGAAAGUAAAUGUAAAGUUCACGUUAACUCGCCCUAAUUUGUUUUGUUUUUCUUCUAGCUGCCACAAGUAUGAAGUGGAUUGAUGCUAAAAUGAAAGUAUGUAUUCCCUUCUGAAAGGUUGAUUUUGUAUCUUUCUCAAUUAAAGGGAAUUUGCCAAAAUGUUCAACUUCAUAUUCAUCAUCUCCAGCAUCAACCCAACAUCACCAUAUGUGAAAAUUGAAAGUUUCUAUGUUUUGUAGUAAAAAAGAUGGAGGAAGAUAAGUGUUUCCAACCAAUUAGUAGAAUAUUAGUAGGCAAUGGUCUACUCAUAAUUAGUUACAAUCACAAUCUACACCGAUGAUGUCAUUGGAAACACUUAUCUUCCUCUAUCUUUUUUACUUCAAAAAUAGAAACAUUUUCACGUGUUGAUUUUGGGGUGGUGCUGGAGAUGAUGAACAUGAAGUUGCAUAGAUAUAUUUUUUUAUGUUCUGUUAAUGUGUUGCCACUUCAUGGCCAGAAGAGGGCAAUGUUUCCCAAAGAGUUUUCACAGCAUGUAAACCUCCAUUGAGAACAUUAUCAAAUUUUAUUUGUCAUACAUUUACAUUUACGUCAUUUAGCAGACGCUCUUAUCCAGAGCGACUUACAGUUAGUGCAUACAUUAUUUAAUUUUUUCAUACUGGCCCCCCGUGGGAAUCGAACCCACAACCAUAGCGUUGCAAACGCCAUGCUCUACCAACUGAGCUACAUCCCUGCCGGCCAUUCCCUCCCCUACCCUGGACGACGCUGGGCCAAUUGUGCGCCGCCCCAUGGAUACACGUGUUUAGCAGAUGUUAUAGCGGGUAUAGCGAAAUGCUUGUUCUUCUAGCUCCGACAGUGCAGUAAUAUCUAAAAAUGUCACAACAUAUACACACAAAACUAGUAAGGAAUGGGAUUUAAGAAUAUAUACAUAUAUGGACAAGUAAUGACAGAGCGGCAUGGACUAAGAUACAGUAGAAUAUUAUAGAAUAGAAUGCAGUAUAUACAUAUGAGAUGAGUAGUGCAAGAUAUGUAAACAUUAUUAAAGUGACUAAUGUUCUAUUUCUUAAAGUGGCCAGUGAUUUCAAUAGGCAGCAGCAGCCUCUAAUGUGCUAGUGAUGGCUAUUUAACAGUCUGAUGGCCUUGAGAUAGAAGCUGUUUUUCAUUCUCUCGGUCCCAGCUUUGAUGCACCUGUACUGACCUCGCCUUCUGGAUGAUAGCGGGGUGAACAGGCAGUGGCUCGGGUGGUUGAUGUCCUUGAUGAUCUUUUUGGCCUUCCUGUGAAAUCGGGUGCUGGAUACGUCUUGGAGGGCGGGUAGUUUGCCCUCGGUAAUGCUUUCGGCAGACUGCACCACCCUCUGGAGAGCCCUGUGGUUGUGGGCGGUGCAGUUGCCAUACCAGGUGGUGAUACAGCCCGACAGGAUUCUCUCAAUUGUGCAUCUGUAAAAGUUUUAGGGUUUUAGACUAAGACGAAUUUCUUCAGCCUCCUGAGGUUGAAGAGGCUCUGUUGCGCCUUCUUCACCACACUGUCUGCGUGGGUGGACCAUUUCAGUUUGUCGGUGACGUGUACGCCAAGGAACUUGAAGCUUUCCACCUUCUCCACUGCGGUCCCGUCGAUGUGGAUAGGGGGGUGCACCCUCUGCUGUUUCCUGAAGUCCACGAUCAUCUCCUUUGUUUUGUUGAUUUUGAGUGAGAGGUUAUUUUCCUGGCACCACACUCCUAGAGCCCUCAUAUCCUCCCUGUAGGCUGUCUCGUCAUUGUUGGUAAUCAAGCCUACUACUGUUGUGUCGUCUGCAAACUUGAUGAUUGAGUUGGAGGCGUGCUUGGCCACGCAGUCAUUGGUGAACAGGGAGUACAGGAGGGGGCUGAGCACACACCCUUGUGGGGCCCCUGUGUUGAGGAUCAGCGAAGUGGAGAUGUUGUUUCCUACCUUCACCACCUGGGGGCGGCCUGUCAGGAAGUCCAGGACCCAGUUGCACAGGGCGGGGUUCAGACCCAGGGCCUCGAGCUUAAUGAUGAGCUUGGAGGGUGCUAUGGUGUUGAAUGCUGAGCUAUAGUCAAUGAACAGCAUUCUUACAUAGGUAUUCCUCUUGUCCAGAUGGGAUAGGGCAGCAGUGAUUUAAUAGCCUGUAUUGACCUAUAGUGUAGAGCAUCAGAUCAGAUGUUGCCUUCCUGUUGUGGUGUAUGUGACCGUCUCGCCGUGCCCUCUGGUUUCUCAGGAGCUGGGAGUGACAGACAACCCCAACUACAAGAUCACCUUCAUGCUGGACAGUGCAGCCAUGAUCACAGUGCACACGCCUAAGAGGGGUGUAGUGGAGGUGAGUCGGCCUACACUGGAGCAUACAACCUCAUAAAUCCCACUGAUUCAUGUCCCAUUCGCCUGAUGUAACUGUGUCUCAAGUUAGUCUGUCCUGUUGGGUGUGUUUCAGGUGAAGCCUCUCGGGGUGAUAUGGGGCAAGUACAGUGAGUUCUACAGCAAGAAGAACACCAUCAUGUUCGACGACAUUGGCAGAAAUUUCCUAAUGAACCCACAGAACGGACUGAAGGUAAGUUAUGGUAAAACGUCCAUUAAUUUAAUAUAUCGGGUGUUUAUUUGCUUCAACCGCGGUUGUUGGAGACAGGCACGUAUUGGAGACCGGCAUUUAUUACCAUCCGAGGUGUGGAAAGUCCAGCCCACCCUAUUAUGAUUUGGCCAUGGGGCACAGAGAACAGUGUGCUGUUUUAUAGCUAAGCUCAUGCUAAUCUACAUCCCCCCCCCCCCAUGAGGCUGAAAGAAAACGUUGGCAGUUUUAAAGCAAAUUUACAGUAAUUCUAAACAUUUAACAUUUUGGCAUGGCUUAUGUCUUCAUAUGCUAUCUGGGAGGGGGAGGGGGCCCACAACCCCCCCCCCCCCCCCCCCCAAAAAAAAAAAAAUCCAUUAAAAAGUCACCAGAGCUGACCGUUUCAGUCGUUCUACAAUAGAAUUACCCCGGGUACCCCGAGCGGGAGGGGGUUCCCCACCCCCCUGUUACAAACAUGUCCUGAGGAAACACUAAAUACUAGGGCUGGGAAUUGCCAUGGACCUCACGAUACAAUAUUAUCACAAUACUUAGAUGCCGAUAGAAUAUGUAUUGGGAUUCUCACGAUUCUACAGUGCCUUUGGAAAGUAUUCAGAUUUUGUUACGUUACAUCCUUAUUCUAAAAUUGAUUAAAUAAAUAAAACAUCCUCAGCAAUCUACACAUAAUACCCCAUAAUGACAGAGCGAAAACAGGUUUUUAGACAUUUUUGCAAAUGUAUUAAAAAUAAAAAACAUACCUUAUUUACAUAAUAAUUCAGACCCUUUGCUAUUAAAUUCGAAAUUGAGCUCCGGUGCAUCCUGUUUCCAUUGAUCAUCCUUGAGAUGUUUCUACAACUUGGAGUCCACCUAUGGUAAAUUCAGUUGAUUAGACAUGAUUUGGAAAGGCACACCUGUCUAUGUAAGGUCCCACAGUUGACAGUGCAUGUCAGAGCAAAAACCAAGCCAUGAGGUCGAAGGAAUUGUCCGUAGAGCUCCAAGACAGCGUUGUGUCGAGGCACAAAUCUGGGGAAGGGUACCAAAAAAUUUCUGCAGCAUUGAAGGUCCCUAAGAACACAGUGGCCUCCAUCAUUCUUAAAUGGAAGAAGUUUGGAACAACCAAGACUCUUCCUAGAGCUGGCCGCCCGGCUAAACUGAGCAUUCGGGGGAGAAGGGCCUUGGUCAGGGAGGUGACCAAGAUCCCGAUGGUCACUCUGACAGAGCUCUAGAGUUCCUCUGGAGAUGGGAGAACCUUCCAGAAGGACAACCAUCUCUGUAGCACUCCACCAAUCAGGCCUUUAUGGUAGAGUGGCCAGACAGAAGCCACUCCUCAGUAAAAGGCACAUGACAGUCCGCUUGGAGUUUGCCAAAAGGCACCUAAAGACUCUCAGACCAUGAGAAACAAGAUUCGCUGGUCUGAUGAAACCAAGAUUGAACUCUUUGGCCUAAAUACCAAGCGUCACAUCUGGAGGAAACCUGGCACCAUCCCUACGGUGAAGCAUGAUGGUGACAGCAUCAUGCUGUGGGGAUGUUUUUCAGCGGCAGGGACUGGGAGACUAGUCAGGAUCGAGGCAAAGCUGAACGGAGAAAAGUACAAAGAGAUCCUUAAUGAAAACCUGCUCCAGAGCACUCAGGACCUCAGACUGGGGUGAAGGUUCAACUUCCAACAGGACAACGACCCUAAGCACACAGCAACGACAACGUAGGAGUGGCUUCGGGACAAGUCUCUGAAUGUCCUAGAGGGGCCCAGCCAGAGCCUGGACUUGAACCCGAUCUAACAUCUCUGGAGAGACCUGAAAAUAGCUGUGCAGUGACACUCCCCAUCCAGCUUGAGAGGAUCUGCAGAGAAGAAUGGGAGAAACUUCCCAAAUACAGGUGUGCCAAGCUUGUAGUGUCAUACCCAAGAAGAAUCGAUGCUGUAAUCGCUGCCGAAGUUGCUUCAACAAAGUACUGAGUAAAGGGUAUGAAUACUUAUGUAAAUGUAAUAUUUCAUUUUUUUAAAAAUUAUAAAUUAGCAAAAACCAGUUUUUGCUUUGUCAUUAUGGGGUAUUUUGUGUAGAUUGCUGAGGGGAUAAAAAAAAAAAACAUUUUAGAAUAAGGCUGUAACGUAACAAAUUGAAUACUUUCCGAAGGCAAUGUAUAUGUAUUGCGAUGAGAUCCUGUGGUUUUAUUGCGAUUCGAUGUUCCAAACAUAUUGCUCACCAUAUGUCUGCUGCAGAGGGAAGUCAUGAAAAUAUUUGCUGAAAAAAAUAAUUGGCUCCUUAUUUAAAAAGGUGGAGAACAAGCUAUGAAGAGUUUUGGUGCAGGUACAGUCAACUAGCGCAAAAAAAAUAUUGCAAUAUUGUCAAAAAUAAUAUCCAGAUAUGUAAUUAUCGAUUUUGUAAAAGAAAAAAAAAAUCUGUCACUACUGAAUAACACCAUUUUGGCUUUAGAACGCAUUGCAAAUAUUACCAAAGGGGUGAAGUAAUCAGUUCUCCUCACUGGUUACAUGGACAGAAUUGCGUUUUGACAUGUAGGGACCAAAUCAUUCAUCACAUGGUAGAGAUGCUUUGAAAUUCCACUGGAACAGUCCAGCAAAAUGCAUGGAAGCGUAAUUACACUUCAUUGGACCCAGUGCUUAUUAGAGGCUGGCGUUUAUUUGCUAAAAUGUGAUGGCCGGCCAUUAUAAGAGACCAGCGUUAGUUUGAGACUCUGCGUUUUAAUGGACGUUUUACAGUAAGUUACCCUACCAAAGCCUACUUGAGUCUUCGAGUUGACAGUUGUCAUUAGUGUGAAUUUUUAUAGAAGCCAUUUUCAAUGUUUUUUUCUCCCUUAGAUUCGUCCAUUCAUGAAAGCGCACUUAAACCGUGAGAAAGACAAAGAGCUCUUCAAACUGUCUCAGUAUCUUAAAGAGAUUUCCAAACUGGAGGACUUCUCAAGUCUCAACCAUAAGCAUUGGGAGAGGUAAGGUUACUGAAAUAUUAUUCUGCAACUAACUCCAGCUUAGCAUACCUUCCUGUUUUUUUACUAUUUCAAUACUGACCAUUUAUCUGAGUGAGUAGUUGGUAGAUGACGCUAGCUUUGUGACUGUUGCGGUGUAUGUCUGCAGGUAUCUGUCAAAGAAACAGAGCCAGUGA